AUGAGCCUGGCCAAGCGGUCUCAGGCGUCUUCAGACAAGCGUGAGCGUCUGGGGAUGAGCCGUCGGUUCUCUGAGAGCCGGGACAUGGCAGAGCUCAGAGGCGCCCGCGUAUCUGUCCUCAGCUCUCUGUCGCCCGCUCGCAGGCUCAGCCCCAGGAAACGCAUUUCCCAGAGCAGCGGCCGCGCAGCUCCAGCAAUGCCCGGGAACGGGUUCAUCCGCUGCUGCGUCACAGGCCACUUGGAGGCCCGUGGACGGCUCCACCCCGCCCCCGUCAUGAGCCAGACGGGCUCUGACUUCCCGCCGAAGGAUUAA